AUGGGGGAUAGGGAGCCGACGCGCGUCGCAAUGCCGCUGUGGAGGGCCUUCGCUGGCCCGGAAGCGUGGCUCCCACCGCUGGGGUCCCGUGUCUACUACUUCCCCCCGGGCCACGCCGAGCAGUGUCCCUCGGCCCCGGACUUCUCUGCCUCCGAGGCCUCCUGCACCUGGUCCGAGUUCCGCUGCCGUGUCGUGGAUCUCGUCCUCCUCGCCCACCCUGAAACCGACGAGGUCUUUGCCAAGAUAACCCUCAAUCCAUCCCAGUUCCAAAUGAACUUGCCGCUGGCAGAUCCGGAGGCGACGGAUGGAGAAGAGGUGGAGUGGUUCUCCAGGAUGCUGCUCGAGAAUGAUUUGGCCCACGCAGUCUAUCUGCCGGCUGCUUCGGCAAGACGUGUCUUCCCGGAGCUCAAACACAAUGCUGAUAGCCCCAGGGCGCCGCAGGAAUUCAUCACGGUGCAUGACGUCCAUGGCAAUGUGUCGCAGUUCCUGUACACCGUCCGCCAAGUGGACCGGGGGGAAUCGCACAGAUUGAGCAGAUGGGGACCCUUUAAGAAGUCCAAGAAACUUGUCGCCGGGGACUCCCUGGUGUUCGCCAAGGACCGUGGGGGAAAGAUCUCUGUUGGGGUCCGCCGCACCAGCCGCCGUUUCGACAGCUCUGACAUCACCUAUGUUGCACCCAAGGAAGUGGUGGAGGCAGUGGAGCGGGCAGAGAGGGGUGAACCUUUCGAGGUCCGGUACUUCCUUGGAGCGGGCACUCCGCACUUUGUGGUGGCAGAAGAGGUGGUGGAAAUGGCGAGACAUGUUGAAUGGCCGGUGGGGACGCGUGUUAGGAUGCCAUUGGAUGCAAAGGACUGCUUCGCCAGGGGCACGGUGUCCGCCGUCAGGUUCAAGCUUGAGUUUCGAUGGCCCAUGUCGCUGUGGCGUAUGCUUCAGGUGACCUGGGAUCCUAGUAACACCCCACAAAAUGCUACAAAUGUAUGCCCAUGGCAAGUGCAGAAAGAUGAUACUGCUCCAGAUUAA